CUACCGGAGCCCGGUCGCGGCGCCCCGGGGGAGGAGGGCGAAAGGACGCGGCGAUGGCUCCGCGGGGACUCCCGGAGCCUGCCGUCCUCACCGCUGCUGUCUUCGUGGGAGGCGCCGCGAGCUCGGCGCUGGUGGCCCUGGGCAAUGAGACCAGCCAACCACUGCACUCCAGGUCAGAGACGACACCAUCGCCCACCAACAAUGCUGAGAACGGGCACCCAGAAUAUAUUGCGUAUGUGCUUGUCCCUGUGUUCUUCAUCAUGGGUCUCUUUGGCGUCCUCAUCUGCCACCUGCUUAAGAAGAAAGGGUAUCGUUGUACAACAGAAGCAGAACAAGAGGUCGAAGAGGAAAAGGUUGAAAAGAUAGAGUUGAACGACAGCAUAAAUGAAAAUAGUGACACAGUUGGGCAGAUUGUCCACUAUAUCAUGAAAAAUGAAGCAAAUGUUGAUGUUUUAAAGGCAAUGGUAGCAGAUAACAGCAUUGGUGAUCCUGAAAGCCCUGUGACCCCCAGCACUCCUGGGAGCCCACCCGUGAGCCCCGGGCCCUUGUCACCAGGGGGCACACCAGGGAAGCAUGUCUGUGGACACCAUCUGCACACAGUGGGUGGUGUUGUGGAGAGGGACGUGUGUCAUCGGUGUAGGCACAAGCGGUGGCACUUCAUCAGACCUACCAACAAGUCCAAGGAGGGCCGACCAAGGCGCCAAGGAGAAGUCACCGUCCUUUCCGUUGGCAGGUUUAGAGUUACAAAAGUGGAACACAAGUCAAGUCAGAAGGAGCGGCGAAGUUUGAUGUCUGUUAAUGGGACUGAAAGUAUCAACGGGGAGGUGCCUGUGACACCUGAGAAGAGAGAACGAAGUGACACAGAGUAGCAGGAGUGGCUGCUUGAAGAGUUCUAAGAGACUGCAAACUUACGAGCUACGAAGUUGCCUAGGGAAUAUUUUUAUAUCUUUUAUACAAUUUCUAUCAUGGAGUCUGCAGGCAUGUGGAUCAGACCUAAAAGAAAGAAUAUUGUUACUAUGCCGGAUAUAGAAUUCUAUUUGCUUUGAAAUAAGUUUUGGUUUAAAAAGUCUGAUGAAAAAUUUCUUACAUUUCCAGAGAAAAAAAGAGCCCAUUUUUUAUUUCCUGACCACUCCCAGGUGUCCAUCCCCUGGCUUGAUGUACAAACUGCGAUUUUUCCCGUACAGUGUACAAUGUACACCGUAUAAUGUACAGUGAAAUUAUUCAUGUAUAGUCUGAGUUUAUCCCUGGGGAGCGUGUGUGUAUGUGCGCGCGCGCGUGCGUGUGGAUGUUUGUGUGUUACCCCAGCCCUUAUGUCCCGUUUUUGAUACUGGUUUUAAGAAGACCCCUCUUACAGUUUAACUGUUACAAAAUGUAAAACAUGGAUCUUUGGUGGAGAAAAGCCCUUGGAGAUACUCUAGCCUUGAGAAACUGACCCCCCACGAGAUCAUGGAGUCGCCUGGGACCAGAUCCUACCUAGACUUUGGAUCCCUGGACCACGAAUUCAGCACUAAACUCUCUCCUGCCUCCACCACCCCACCGCUUGGUCACUUCUAAAAGAUUGAUAUGGUUUCGUUAAUUUAUUUUUAACUUGAGCUUGGCGAUUCUUGUUUUGCCCUUUGAAUAAAGGCAGAAAAUUGUUUAAAGUAAUUCAGGCAAAAUUGUCUAUUUUGACUACCCAAGACCAAACAAAACAACAACGACAAAAAAAAAAAAAACCCACUUCUUGUGAAAGAUGGGCCUGCACCUACCUCUGGCAUGUUUUUCUUGGUGCGCUGGUUUCCAUCUUGUAACUAAUGGUUGUUAUUCAAAAGACUUUUUGUGGUUAAGUUCUAUUUUAGGCCUGGCAAAGCCUAGUCUUUUUUUUUUUUUUAAGCUUUACAUAGUUGAUGAAGCACCUGAAUGAAGCCAGAGGCAAAGACAGCAGUCAUUUAUGGUAGGUCUGGGGCGAGGGCCCUCUGCCAUCUGGGAAACCGCCAAGCCCUGCCUCCAUGUCCUUGUUGCUGGUGUGGUGCCGCAGACACUUCUCUUAUUUCAAUGAGAAACAGCACGUUUUUCAUUUGACUCCCAAAAGAUGAUUUCAGUAAAAAUACAUUUUAAAGUAUUUACUGUAAAUACACUCAUUCUGUUCUGUUUCUGGCACCAAAACUUAAAAAUUUCUAACCUUUUAAAUGAAAGGUAGACUCAAUUUAAUGUGCACUUUUUCUGACAACUAUAAAAGGUGCAGUGUGUGCAUAUAUACACACACACACAGCAGAGUAGAAGUCAGUAUGGAAAUAAACUUCACUGAGGUCAGAAAGUUGGAAUAUAGGAACUUUUUCUUUUUGUGUGUAUUAGUGUAAAUAAUAUGUGUGUUCUAGACCAGUUGUUUUAGUUAAAAACAAAAAAGCUUUUUUUUUUUUUUUUUGGUGUUAAAAA